AUGCAGUGGAAGAAAACUAUUCUGCUUUGUACGUUGCUCGUCGCUGUCCAGGCCGAGCCCGACCCGAGUAUCAUUAGUGCCGCUGGCAACUUACUGCAAACGGUUGCGAACUCCGCCGGAUCCUUGGUGCAAUCGGUGGUCAAUGGUUUGUCGGCCGGUACUUCCGGUAGCCUGUCGGCGAGCGGUAGUAUCGGCGCCGGAGCCUCGCUCGGAUCCGCUAGCGCAGGGGCAGUGCUGGCGUUUAACUCGAGCCUUCCCGUACUGAAUCUGCUGAACAAUGUGGCCACCUCGGUCGGGUCAGCUCUUCAGCAGUCGGUCGCAAACCUCGCCUCUGCCGCUGGUAACCUGGUGUCGCAAACAGUGUCGACGCUCUCGAACGUGGUCACCGCCUUGCUCGGUGGUGUCAACUCGAACCUCAGCAACAUUGGCUCGGGUCUGUCCGGCGCCCCAACCACCGCCAACGGUAACGCCGUUAUUAACUCUCUGAACAACGUAAGCGCGGCCGUGAACGCCUCGCUCGCCGCUGCUGCCUCAGUGGUGGGUCCCAAUGUCGUGGCGGCCGCCUUAGGCAGCCUUCCGGCCACAAUGCAAUCCGACCUUGCAACCGCCAUCCAGGCGAUCAACAAUGCGACCGCUAAUCCGGGUACGGCCACAACGCUGCUCGGUGCUCUGGGGCCGAACGGGGUCACUGCCAUCGGCAACUAUCUGGCAGAUGCGGCCAACGUCCUCUACACGACGGCCAAUAUUCCGCUUCAACUUUCCACGAACGCCGCCGUCAAUGCGACACUUAACGCCAACGCCGGUGUCCCGUACAACUCGUCCGCCAUCGCCGUUGUGAAUGCAACCGUAAAUUCUGCGCUGACCACCGCCAGCAACGUACUGAAUUCGGCCGCCAACGCCCUCAACAAUGUGAUCGCCAACGUCGCCCAGGCCACUAAUGGGGCUCUGUCGACCGCCACUAGCACGCUAAACAGCGCACUAAACGCUCUCAACAACGUUUUCACACUGAACAGUGCCGCCAAACAGAAGGUAACCGCGGCCGCUUCGCAGGCUCUCAACAACAUCACCAGCCUGGUCACAACCACGCAGGGCAUCCUGCAGUCUCUGAAUAGCUCAACGCUGAACGCCAUCGCCUCAGCGAACGUCUCCAUCUCCGGUAACGCUUCGGCCGUGAUCCAACCGCUACUAGCCAAUCUGGCCAGCACCAACGCGACGGUUGUCAACUGCACCAAGAUGUAUCUGCCGAUCGCCACCAGCACCAGCGUUUACUACACUACCGCCCUCGGAUCAUGCGCCGUGCAGGCCACGACCGUGGCGGACAUCCUGCUGGCCAACACGCUCGCCGUCGUCAACUCGGCAGUUACGCGCCUUUCGGGUUCGACCGUCUCCGUUUCGGCCUGUCUUCAGGCGCUGUUCCCGAGCAGCGUUUGCACCAGCGCGACCGUUCCGAACGCUCCGGCUUAUAUCGCCAAUGUGGCCCUCGAUGUGGCCACAAUUAAGGCGGGCGAAGUGGUCGAAGUAAGCAACACCGCCGCCCAGGUGGCCGCCUGUGCCGCCGGAACUGCUAACGCUGCGGCGAACGAUUUUCUGACCAUCGCCACGGCCUACAACCAGUGCGUCGGAGCUUAA